CCUCCAGAAGGGGGAGGUAACGGGGCUGUUGCAUCGUUCCUCCAGCAGGGGGAGGUAAUGGGGCUGUUGCAUCGUUCCUCCAGCAGGGGGAGGUAACGGGGCUGUUGCAUCGUUCCUCCAGCAGGGGGAGGUAACUAGGCUGUUCCAUCGUUCCUCCAGCACGGGGAGGUAACGGGGCUGUUCCAUCAUUCCUCCAGCAGGGGGAGGUAACGGGGCUGUUGCAUCGUUCCUCCAGCACGGGGAGGUAACGGGGCUGUUGCAUCGUUCCUCCAGCAGGGGGAGGUAACGGGGCUGUUGCAUCGUUCCUCCAGCAGGGGGAGGUAACGGGGCUGUUCCAUCCUUCCUCCAGCAGGGGGAGGUAACGGGGCUGUUCCAUUGUUCCUCCAGCAGGGGGAGGAGCUGCCAGGCUGUUGUGGCUGUGUAUGGUUCUUCCUCACACUACUGAGGCUCAAUAGUUGUUAAACUGUUUCUUCAGACUUCAGUCGUCCACCAAACAAAAGUCAACAGCAGAAUGUUUUUAUAUAUAUUAUAUAUACAUACAGCAAAGUGUGUGUGUGUGUGUGUGUGUGUGUGUGUGUGUGUGUGUGUGUGUGUGUAAAGUUAACACUUUAGGAAACGUUUUGGUCUUUUUUUUGUUUUUGUUUUUUUAAACUUUGUUUUAAUUAUUUAGGAAUGUGUAAUGUGUCAAAUUAAAAGCCCAAAUGACCAAAAUAUAAAAUACCUUCAAAAUAAAAGAAAAGAAUGGCAGUUAAAUGUGAUGUUUUAUUUUGUAAAGCACCACAGGAAGCUGCUGAUGAGGAAGUGGUGCUUUUAUUUUGACGGUUGUGUUUUAAAUAGCAGGGAUAAAAAUAAACUGCUGAGUUCAUUUAAGGUGGACUGACAUGUUCCUGCCUCUGCUCUUAUUCCUGCUCAGCGUCGUCAUGACCCAACAAACACUCACUUCUGUUGAUUUUGAGGUUUUUGGGAAUGUGCAGGGUGUUUGCUUCAGAAUGUACACAGAGGAGGAGGGGCGGAGUCUGGGUCUGAGCGGCUGGGUGAAGAACACCAGGCAGGGCUCUGUGAUUGGUCAGGUUCAGGGACCUGCAGACAGAGUCAGUGAGAUGAAGUACUGGCUGGAGCAUGUGGGCAGCCCGAGCUCUCGGAUCGACCGCGCCGUUUUCUCGAACCAGAAAGACAUUUCCAAACUGGAGCUGCACGGCUUCUCCACACGCUACUGAGAAUGCUCACACAGACCUCCUGUUGUUACAAUAAAUUAAUAAAAACUGUAGAAGAAGAAAA